CCCCUGCGCUCGGCCUCAGUGCGGAGCCGUCCGCGGUCGGCGUGAGGAGCAGCAGCCGGUGUCGUAAACGGGACCGCCUCGCCUCGCCUCGCCUCAGCUCGCCUCUCCGGGCCUCUCGCGCGCCGCCGGAGCCCACGUCGCGGAGUAGCAGCAGCCCACGCCCGAGCAUCCUCGGUCCGGCGCGGAGCGGGCGCGCGGCCUCGGCAUGAUGCGGCUGCGGGGCGCGGCGCUGCUGCGCGACCUGCUUCUGCGGCCGCCCGUCGCCGUCGGCGCGGCCCUGCGGCGGGCGCAGCCCCUCGUCACGCUGUGCCGGCGCCCCCGGCUCGGGGCCCGGCCGGCUGCGUGCCCGGCGGCCUCGCGGCUGCACCCGUGGUGGGGCGGAGGCGGCGGGCGGCCGUCGGGGCCGCGCGCGGGAGCCCUGUCCAGCUCGCCCUCGGAGAUCCUGCCGGAGCUGGGCAAGGGGGGCGCGCAGCCGCAGCCCGGGGCGUCGCCGCCCGCCGCCCCGCAGAGCCCCGGCCCCAAGGACGGCCCCGGGGAGAAGGACGCCCUGGGCCACGGCGAGGGCAAAGAGCUGAUGGCCGCUGGCGACAAUAAAAUAAAACAGGGUCUGUUACCUAGCUUGGAAGAUUUGCUGUUCUAUACAAUUGCAGAAGGACAAGAAAAAAUACCUGUUCAUAAAUUUAUUACAGCACUCAAAUCUACAGGAUUGCGAACGUCUGAUCCCAGGUUGAAAGAGUGUAUGGAUAUGUUAAGAUUAACUCUUCAAACAACGUCAGAUGGUGUCAUGCUAGACAAAGAUCUUUUUAAAAAAUGUGUUCAGAGCAACAUUGUUUUGCUGACACAAGCCUUUAGAAGAAAGUUUGUCAUUCCUGACUUUAUGGCCUUUACCUCACACAUCGAUGAGUUGUUUGAAAGUGCAAAAAAGCAGUCUGGAGGAAAGGUUGCAGAUUAUAUCCCUCAACUGGCCAAGUUCAGUCCUGAUUUAUGGGGUGUGUCUGUUUGUACAGUAGAUGGACAGAGGCAUUCUAUUGGAGAUACCAAAGUUCCCUUUUGUCUGCAGUCCUGUGUAAAACCUUUGAAAUACGCAAUUGCUGUCAAUGAUCUUGGAACUGAAUAUGUGCAUCGCUAUGUUGGAAAAGAGCCAAGUGGAUUAAGAUUCAACAAACUAUUUUUAAAUGAAGAUGAUAAACCACACAACCCUAUGGUAAAUGCUGGAGCCAUUGUUGUCACUUCAUUAAUAAAGCAGGGAGUAAAUAAUGCUGAAAAAUUUGACUAUGUGAUGCAGUUUUUGAAUAAGAUGGCUGGUAAUGAAUAUGUUGGAUUCAGUAAUGCCACGUUUCAGUCUGAAAGAGAAAGUGGAGAUCGAAAUUUUGCAAUAGGAUACUACUUGAAAGAAAAGAAGUGUUUUCCAGAAGGCACAGACAUGGUGGGAAUACUAGACUUCUAUUUCCAGCUGUGCUCCAUCGAAGUGACUUGUGAAUCAGCCAGUGUGAUGGCUGCAACCCUGGCCAAUGGUGGCUUUUGCCCAAUCACUGGUGAAAGAGUCCUGAGUCCCGAAGCCGUUCGGAACACACUGAGUUUGAUGCAUUCCUGUGGCAUGUAUGAUUUCUCAGGGCAGUUUGCUUUUCAUGUUGGUCUUCCUGCGAAAUCUGGAGUUGCCGGAGGCAUUCUUUUAGUUGUCCCGAAUGUCAUGGGCAUGAUGUGCUGGUCUCCUCCUCUGGACAAGAUGGACAAGAUGGGCAACAGUGUUAAAGGGAUUCACUUCUGUCAUGUCAAGUCAGUGAUAAACCUUUUGUUUGCUGCGUACACUGGAGAUGUGUCCGCUCUUCGAAGAUUUGCGUUGUCGGCCAUGGAUAUGGAACAGCGGGACUACGAUUCCAGAACAGCACUCCAUGUAGCUGCUGCAGAGGGUCACGUUGAAGUUGUUAAAUUUUUGCUGGAAGCUUGCAAAGUAAAUCCUUUCCCCAAAGACAGGUGGAAUAACACUCCCAUGGAUGAAGCUUUGCACUUUGGACACCAUGAUGUGUUUAAGAUCCUCCAGGAAUACCAAACCCAGUACACACCUCAAGGAGAUGCCGACAGUGGAAAGGAAAAUCAAACCGUCCACAAGAAUCUUGAUGGAUUGUUAUAAAAGUCUUAAAUCCCAAGGUUGAAGUCACUUACCUAUUUAAUUGUGGAAAAUGAUUAUGAAGAACGUGUGUAUUUCUAUCUGGUAGUGAUGUAUAUUUUACCACAUUUGUUCAUUUCAGUGUUACUGGAGUUUUCUUCAUUGUGCGCACAGGACAAAUCUGAUCUCUUUGGGGAAAAAAUAGAAAUAAAACAUCUCCCUCCAUAAUGUGAUCAAUAUUUACCUCGUGCAUUGUACAAUUUGAUGUAAAAGAAAUAGUUACCAAUGCUAGCUUAACUGUGUGGUCCUCAUGAUUUGUGUGUGUCGUGAACUUUCAGUUUAUGGUGAUGACCUGCUGAUUGCAUUUACAAAUUAAACUGUUGUACAGUCUGUCCCGAGGGGUCGAGGCUGUCUCUAGAAACAAACCGUGUGAUUUUCAAGACUUCAAAUAUAGAUUUAGUUUGAGUGUUUGAACAAUAUGCACUUAGGGUUGAAUGUUUAAAAUAUCUCCUAUCACCCUCAAUUCAUGAUGUAACUUUAAAAAACGUAAUAGUUAACAACUGUUAGUAGGAUAUGUAAAUUCAGAUUACUUUAUCAGGGAAUCUGUUUAAGAUAUGUUUGGUGACCAAAAUGUAUGUGUGAAUAUAGUUAUACUUUUGAAAAAACUUUCCUUUUUCUAUGUCCCCUCAGUCCGGCCCCUGUCCUCAGGUGUUAGCUAUCUGCCUUGUCCCUCUGCCCGGGACAGGGAAUGCUGGCGAACUAUGCAGUUUUCACGUUUCCAGUCAGUCAGAAAACACCUCGCACUUCUGGCAUCAGAGCUAGCACUUCACCCUUUGUCUAUAGAGGAUGAACCAGAGACCAAAUACUAAGCUAAGUAUAAACUAGUCCACUUCAUAAGUCUAAAAAAAUGAAGGUGUGUGCUUCUGUGGCUCUCAAAGAAAUUAUACACACGUUUAGAAAUGUUCUACGCUCCCAAAGUCGUUCUGAUGAUAUGGGAACUGGGGCAGAUGACAUUUGUUUUAGAACCUGUUGUUCAAAGUCUGCACCAAGAUAUUUGUCCCCUUUGGGGACCACUAGAUUGCUCCACAUGUCUGCUGAUUCUCAGUUGUAUAAUUUUCAGUGGACUCUGUAGUUCAAUAGUAAGAAAAGGCCAUUUCACUAAAUUGAGACCCAUCACUUCUCUAAGGGAGUGAAUUCAUGAUUUAGAAAGUGGGUAAAAGGGGUCUUCAGAAUGGAAAUAACAGUUUCCUAGGACUUGCACAUACAUUUUGUCCUCUCAUGCCUCAAAGAGAUAAAGGGGUAUGUUACUGAGGAUUUCUGAUCCUAAGCACGUGUCCAGCACACGCACACACACCCAAAUGGACUUUUUUGAAGCUAUGUUUAACAAAAUGAACAAAAAUCUCAACUACCCAAAUGCUAGCUGUUACCACAUUCAGAAGGCCAUUUCCUUUUUGGUCCCUGAUCAGCACAAACUGCUGUUUCCAAGCUUUAUUACACACUCACUCCACCAACCUCCAGGUGCUUUGGCUUUGCUUCAUUCCUAGACAGCACCUCCCUGGGUGAGACUGGGUCACAUUCCCAGGCCCGCUUCCAUGCCGGGGACAGGCUGGGCAUCCAGUCCUGCCACUGCUUCUUACUCCCCACAGGCCAGUCAGGUCCCCAGAGAUGCCGUGUGGGCAGCACCAGCCCUGGGUCUACUGCAACUGACUGCACUGGGGUUGAAAUCAACUGAGAUAACUUUGCACAAAUAGCAGCUUUCUUCGUGUGCCUGAAUGGAAUAGUAAGGCGGUUCCACUGUGUGGCUUGAAGACUACCAGUGAUUUUGAGGCUUUUCUCUGAUAACAAGAGUUCAUCUCUUCAUCUUUUUUUUCAAAUCAAAACUGUUUUGUAAAACCUUUGUGGUGUAGCACGGUAUGCCCCUAUUUAUCCGUGUUAUUUACGCUCUGCCUCUUUGCUUUUGGCUGGUAAUAAUGAGUACAUUGUUUUAAAUGCUUUUUGAACAUGCUGUUAAUUGCUGCCAUCAGUAAACUCCAGAGUUUUGUUUGGCUCUAGGAUCCCAUGGCCUUUUUGUAGAGUUUUAGAUGGUCCUGUUGAUUUAUAGCUUUGUAUGCAUUGCUGUUUUGCUGGUCUCAGUUCUGAUCGUCUCAUCCUGUUGACCCACCCCCACCCCC